AUGUCUUCGGUCAAGGCGCCUUCGUCCUUUAGCCAGCGCCCGGCGUUUGAGGACGUUGAUCUUGCAAAUGAACCGCAAUUAGAUGCCAAUGGCACUGUUGUGGCGACUGAGGAACCGAGGAUUUCCUCCAGCACCACCCGGAGUCGAAGGGAGCAAUUCUUCGGGAAACGCGGUUCUCAACAUAAACCGUCGCGUCCUGUCUCGAGCGCCAGCCAGGCGACAAUAAGGACGUCGAGAUCAAGAUCCAAGGGAAAACGCGCCAGUCAACAUGAUGCUGGCGACCACCGAACUUACGAAGAAUACAGUGCGCUGCCGCAGCCUGUGCCGUCACACGACCAACAGACUCAACAGAAAGACCAGACAGAAACUGGAGUCAGGAACUUCAGUAAACGCUUGCAGCACAGUAGGGCAAGCAGCGCAGCACGAGAUGAACAGCUUGACACAUGGGACGUGCCACCUGUUCCUAACCCUCAAAGGUUCUCUGCCGCCACUACAGCGGCGCAGACGAAGCCAUACUCCCAGGAUGUCGCCAGAGACGAAAAAUCACAGCCAGAGCGUCCAUUGCUGCAGCCAACGCCUGGCCAACCACAGAACAAGCUUCUAACGAAUUUAUACAUUAUUUCUUAUCUUAUAUUUUUCUCCAUAUUUGGCACACUGGCGCGUCUCGGGACCCAAUGGAUCACGUUCUACCCGGGCGCGACACUCACCUUCCCCGUCGUAUGGGCGAACAUGGCCGGCUCAUUCGUCAUGGGGUUUCUCUCCGAGGAUCAACGACUAUUCGGGCAUGGUCUUGCAGGCCUGGACAGCGACAAGCGACGUGAUGAAGAAGAGUUUGACGAUCUACCCGUAGACGUUGCUCAAUUGAACAAGUACAAGAAAACAAUUCCACUGUACGUCGGUCUGGCAACCGGAUUCUGUGGAAGUUUCACUUCUUUCUCAAGCUUUACGAGAGACGUUUUCCUGGCACUUUCCAACAAUCUUCCCGCGCCCGUCAACCAUUCUUUUUCUUCCUCCCCUGGCGUGGUCUCGCCCUCAAGGACUCUGGGCCGGAACGGAGGAUAUUCGUUUGAGGCGCUCGUGGCAGUGAUCUUAGCUACCAUCGCUCUAUCGCUUGGCGGCCUUGUUGUUGGCGCUCAUACGGCACAUGCUCUAAAUCGAUGGACACCUACAAUACCGGCGAGCGUUCUCCGAAAGAUACUUGAUCCCGUAAUGGUGGUGCUGGGUUGGGGAUGCUGGGUCGGCGCCGUGCUACUUGCCAUAUUCCCGCCUCAGCGCGUGUGGCGUGGUGAAGUGCUGUUCGCUCUGGUCUUUGCUCCCCUGGGUACUUUGAUACGAUUCUAUGCGAGCGCGCAGCUCAACGGGCUCGUCRUCGCCUUUCCACUAGGCACUUUCGCUGUCAAUAUGUUCGGAACAGCAGUCGAAGGCAUGUGUUAUGAUAUACAGCAUGUUGGCGUUGGAAUUAUGGGACAGGCAGGCGGAGGUAUCAUCGGCUGCCAGAUCCUGCAAGGGAUCAUGGAUGGGUUCUGUGGUUGUCUCACUACGGUCAGCACUUGGGUUGCAGAGAUCAAGGCCUUGAAGCGCAAGCAUGCAUAUGCUUAUGCCCUUGCUAGCGUUGUUGGAGGGUUGUGUCUCAUGGUCAUAAUUAUGGGCAGCGUUCGCUGGAGCGUUGGCUUCUCGGAGCCAGUUUGUAACAACGGCUACACUUCGAAAGUUGGCGGAUAA